GUGAGAGAUACACAGAGAGAGAGUGAUACACACACACACACAGAGUGAGGCUAUGGCGGGUAACUUCUGGCAGAGCUCACACUAUUUGCAGUGGAUUCUUGACAAGCAGGAUGUGAUGAAAGAAAGGCAGAAGGACUUGAAGUUUCUCACAGAAGAAGAAUAUUGGAAAUUGCAGAUAUUUUUUGCUAAUGUAAUCCAAGCUCUAGGGGAACACCUCAAACUGAGGCAGCAGGUUAUUGCAACUGCGACAGUCUAUUUCAAAAGAUUCUAUGCCAGGUAUUCACUGAGGAGUAUAGAUCCAGUAUUGAUGGCUCCAACCUGUGUAUUUUUGGCAUCUAAAGUAGAGGAAUUUGGAGUUGUUUCAAACACACGAUUGAUUUCAGCUUCAACUUCAGUCUUAAAAACCAGGUUUUCUUAUGCAUUUCCGAAGGAAUUUCCAUAUAGAAUGAACCAUAUAUUGGAAUGUGAAUUCUAUCUAUUAGAGUUAAUGGAUUGCUGUCUGAUAGUGUACCAUCCAUACAGACCAUUACUACAAUAUGUGCAAGAUAUGGGACAAGAAGACAUGCUGCUACCAUUAGCAUGGAGGAUAGUAAAUGAUACAUACAGAACAGACCUCUGCCUCAUGUAUCCUCCAUUCAUGAUAGCUUUGGCUUGUUUGCACGUGGCAUGUGUGGUCCAGCAAAAAGAUGCACGACAAUGGUUUGCUGAACUUUCAGUGGACAUGGAGAAGAUCCUCGAGAUAAUCCGAGUCAUUCUGAAGUUGUAUGAUCUAUGGAAGAGCUUUGAUGACCGGAAGGAAAUGGCUGCAAUCCUAAACAAGAUGCCAAAACCCAAACCACCUCCGAAUAGUGAAGGAGAACAGGGUCCUAACGGCAGCCAAAAUUCUAACUACAGCCAAUCAUAAGCAAUCAGCAGUUGUGGCGUAAAGCAUAUGCAGACUUUUCUGAAAGCACAGCCUUUCACUUCAAAAUAACUGAGGCAAAGGGAGGACUUAAUGUGCUGUGUGGGACUAGACACAGAUUUUACAAUAAUUCUGGAAAGAAAAAUUGUCAUUGGAAAUGGAGAAAAAUUCUCUGGAAGAGUUGCUGCUGCAAAACAAGACUCAUGAGUAUCAUUAAUUAUUAACAUUACAUUUGUAAACUGUUUAUAUUGGGUCUCGUAGAGAUGGUAUCCCAUUUAGUGACCAACUGAAAAGCUGUGCUUUUGAAUUGUGCACAAUAAAAAUCGAUACCAUAUUACAGCAUUGUUCAAUUCUAAACUGAAAUCCUAGAAACAAUCUGCAAUGGGUUGGGGGAGAAGAUAUUAUUCAGUAGAUACAUUUAAAUUCUUUUGAAAACUAUUUACGGAUAGUAAAUUAUUCUUCAGGAACAUUACUAGUUCCAUUUGGGCUAUUAUGUAAAAUGGCUUCCCUUAAUUGUAAAAUGAAUCUGAGAGGCUGAGAUAGGAGUACAGACAGUAUUUCUAGUCAGAACCACAAAACUUCAAAUAUAAGACUGGACAGUGAUUCAUUAUAUGUUAAAAUCUUUGGAAGAACAAGCAGAAAUAUUAAGUCUGCACUAUUUUUCAUCAGAUUUUAGUUUGUCACACCUGUUCAAAAAUUAAAAUCUGAAGAGAAUAAGUUUGUUUAAUGCAGUGCUAUUAACAAUGUUUGGUGGAUGCAGCAGUCCUUUGCUACUAUUUUGGUUGACAAGGAUGUUGGUCCAUAUGGCAAAUGUGACCCUAACUGAAUGUCUUAAGAUUAACUUGUUAUUUUGACUACUGUACUUUUUGCUACUGUGGCUAUUUGGUCAAAAUCAAUAACUUAAGAAUGUGCCUAGCAGAAAUGUUAAAAACUAGCUGGUCUACCACUCUUAUGAAUGUGUUUUUGUCUUGCCACAAAGCCUGAACACACAAACAGUUGUGCGUUUUCUGCUUAUAGCGUUUAAAGUGGUUGAUAUGCACUCAUGUUUUGCACUCUUUCCCCUCUUCCAAUAUAUUUCUUUAAAAUCCAUUUGUUUCCCCACACCCUCCCAUACAGCAUUUUUUUAAAAAAAUAUCAGUUUGAAUGACUUAGAAUUUUAAUACUGAAUUCUUUUUCAAGAAUUUAAAAUAAUAAUACCAGAUAUUAUCCAUGUAGGUGUGGGAUCAAAGCUAUUAUCAGGUCUCCAUUAAAGAAACAGCUACUCACUUACAUGUGGGCAGGGCAUUAAUAUAGUUGGUCCUUUUGGGGCCAAUCUGGAUGUGACUUUUUAAUGUCUUUGUUGAUAGCUUUUCUUGUGCAGCAGAAUUAAGAUUUUUAAAGGUACAGUGUAGUUGAAGACAAUCAUGCAAGUCAGUGGAGACCAUUACACUUCACCCUGAAGAGGCACCAACCUUUACUACUGACAUUCUUACAGAGAAAGCACAUUUUUCAGAUGUCUGUAAUUGUUAAAGUUGAAAUUGUUAUAAGUACAUUAAAGUGGGUUUGUUGCAAAUAUGA